GAGCCCGCCGCCGCCCCGCGCCGAGCCCGCGGCACCAUGUCCCGCCGCAAGAUCUCGUCAGAGUCCUUCAGCUCGCUGGGCUCGGACUGCCCGGAGACGAGCCCCGAGGAGGAAGGCGAGUGUCCCCUGUCCCGCCUUUGCUGGAACGGCAGCCGCAGCCCCCCCGGCCCCACCGACAUCCCCUUCGCCGCCGCCGCCGCCGCGGCCAGCUCCGGGGCGCGCCGCGUUCCGCGCCGCCGGCGGGUCAACCUGGACUCGCUGGGCGAGAGCAUCCGCCGCCUGACGGCCCCCGCGCCCCAGACCAUUCGGCAAACUCUUCAAAAGACACUGCAGCAUUUUGAGCAUCAGGUUAUUGGUUACAGAGAUGCAGAGAAGAAUUUUCACAAUAUAUCAAACAGAUGCUCCUAUACAGACUACUCUGGCAAUGAAGAAACUGAAGAUGUCUCAGGAAUUCUCCAGUGUACGGCUAAUGUACUUGGUCUGAAGUUUGAGGAAAUGCAAGAAAAGUUUGGGGAGGAAUUCUUCAAUAUCUGCUUUGACGAGAAUGAAAGAGUUCUUCGAGCUGUAGGUGGGACCCUUCAAGACUUCUUCAAUGGCUUUGAUGCUUUGCUGGAGCAUAUUAGAACUUCAUUUGGAAGACAGGCCACCCUGGAAUCUCCUUCUUUCCUAUGCAAAGAACUCCCUGAAGGCAAUCUCAUGCUUCAUUAUUUUCACCCACAUCAGAUUGUGGGAUUUGCAAUGACAGGAAUGAUAAAAGCAGCAGCAAAGAAGAUUUACCGCUUGGAAGUAGAAGUAGAACAGGUCACAAAUGAUAAGCUGUGUUCAGAGGGGACAAACCCAGGUAACUGCAGUUGUUUGACUUUCCUUAUCAAAGAACAUGAAAAUGCAAAUACCACAAAAGCACUUCCAGCAGGAACUUCCCAGUCCCCCUUAGACCUGAGGAUUAGCAUUAGCACUUUCUGCAGAGCUUUCCCCUUUCACCUGAUGUUUGAUCCAAACAUGCUGGUUCUCCAGCUUGGAGAAGGUCUUAGGAAGCAGCUCAGAUGUGACACUCAUAAAACCCUGAAAUUCCAAGACUGCUUUGACAUAGUCUCUCCUAAAAUCAGUGCCACGUUUGAACGAGUUCUCCUGAGGUUAUCUACACCCUUUGUCAUUCGGACCAAACUUGAGGAUUCUGACUCUGAAAGUAAAGAUAAGGUGAUGGAAAUUAAAGGACAAAUGAUUCAUGUGCCAGAAUCAAACUCAAUAUUGUUUCUGGGUUCCCCCUGUGUGGACAAGCUGGAUGAGCUGAUGGGCCGAGGCCUCCAUCUUUCGGACAUACCUAUCCAUGAUGCUACUCGUGAUGUCAUAUUGGUUGGGGAGCAAGCAAAGGCACAGGAUGGCUUGAAAAAACGAAUGGAUAAGCUGAAGGCAACACUAGAAUGUACACACCAAGCCCUGGAAGAGGAGAAAAAGAAGACAGUAGAUCUCCUUAUUUCUAUUUUCCCUGAAGAGGUGGCUCAGCAGUUGUGGCAGGGGCAACAGGUUCAGGCCAGGAAGUUUGAUGAUGUCACCAUGCUCUUCUCGGACAUUGUUGGCUUCACUGCCAUCUGUGCUCAGUGCACGCCCAUGCAGGUCAUCAGCAUGCUCAACGAGCUCUACACGCGCUUCGACCACCAGUGUGGAUUCCUUGACAUCUACAAGGUGGAAACAAUAGGUGAUGCGUACUGUGUUGCAGCAGGGCUCCAUAAGAAAAGCCUUAGUCAUGCCAAAGCCAUUGCCCUGAUGGCACUGAAGAUGAUGGAGCUUUCAGAAGAGGUUCUCACUCCAGAUGGAAGCCCUAUUAAGAUGAGGAUAGGCAUUCACUCAGGUUCAGUGCUGGCUGGCGUCGUUGGUGUGAGAAUGCCACGCUACUGCCUCUUUGGGAACAACGUCACCCUUGCAAGCAAGUUCGAGUCAGGAAGUCACCCACGCCGCAUCAAUGUCAGUCCCACCACGUACCAGCUUUUGAAAAAGGAAGAAAAUUUUAUUUUUAUCCCUCGUUCCCGUGAAGAGCUUCCAGAAAACUUUCCAAAGGAAAUUCCUGGGAUCUGUUACUUCCUGGAGGUCAGAAGUGGUCAGAAGCCACCAAAACCCUCCAUCACAUCUGCCAGAGUGAGAAAGGUGUCUUACAACAUUGGCACCAUGUUCCUCCGGGAGACUAGCCUAUGAGGCCUGCUGCAGAUCAAAGACUCGUCAAAAAAGCACAAGCCCAGAACUGGGUCAUGACAGGGGAGUUGGAGGUUCUUUGUAUUUCACUGCCUUCUUCUGAACAGGCAGUAAAAAGCUCCAUGUAAUGUCAGGCAAUAAUCAUUUUAAAAGGUGGGUAACUGCUGUCAGUAAACAAAGUGGAGAUAGGGAAAAAAUAUUAAACAAUGUACUUCCACUUCCAGAGGAAUUUCUUUCAUAAACUUCAGUCUGGCCCCUCUAUGGCAAACAAAACAACAAAACAAAACCCCAACUCUCAGAUUAGAGGUUGGUCUUGUUUUGUGCAGAAAGGAUGAUGGUUCUCUGUAGAUUUGCACCAGCUAAGCAGAAUUGAGAGUCAGUUCUGAUUAUGCAUUCCUACAUUUAAUGUGUUCUUCAGUAAGGUAAUGAUGUUUUUUAACUUUAUGAACAAGCAUUUCAUACAUAUACUGUAGAGCUAUUGUAACCUUCCUGGCAGGAGGAAUUAUGAGUCAAUACAAAUAUUGUAGGAAUUUUACCUAUUUUUAUACAUACUUCACUUUCUGGAUAAUUACAUUCCACAUACUGUAAGCUGAGUGAGCUUAGAUAGCUUUUCAGAAGAAGUUACUGUAUAUUUCAUACAUUCUGCCUAUCAAACCUUAUUGUUAUACAAGUGGGAAGAAGGCAUUUCUUGACUUUUUUGGCAACAAAAUUAUCAAUAUUUACAGAAUAAAAACCCCACUUUGGUAAAUCACUUUAUCUGAUUUUUAUGCUAAAGCUUUAGAUGAGCACUGUCUUCUUAUAUAAAAUAAUGUUCAGUAUUUGUCCUACAGUGUUGUAUGUCCAGUCCUUCCAGGACAAUGCAAACAAAGUGCAGAAGAUCAAUGUGUGGACAAAAAAAAGUUCUCUUCAGUGGGACUUGUUUCCCCUCUAAAUUAUCAGCCAAACUGAUUUUUGGUAGAAGCCUGAACUUUUCUAAAAAUUUGGUCUUGUGAAACCUUAUUCUGAGGAAUUCCAGCAGACACUGGAAGCUCUCUGGAUGCUGGUUUUCCACAUCUUUUAAUAGGACUUGUGCUCCUAGUCCAGACUGAUUAUUGAAAAUCCAUUCUGUUAAUAACAACUGGUCAUUUGGAAACUUCCUCUAUUGUUGGAUUGGCUGAAGGUCCCCUGCUUUAUCUAGUGAAGAUCAAAAAAAACACCAAAAAGGGGAAGGCAGUACUUUUCCAGGUUUAAUGCAAAUGGCAGUUCAAGAUUUUUGUUGGUCAAAGACGAUUAAAAAAAAAGGCCAAUUCUUUGCUGUUGAAAAUUAAUAUAGUAUUACUGCCUUCAAUUAAUCCACUUCAAGCAAGAUGUAUAUCUGGCACAUUUUCAGGCAUUGUUUACUUCUCAGGUUUUCCUUUUCAAAAGUAAUGGUGGUCAGUUUCCCUGUGCGGGUGUGCUGCCUUUGGAUCAUACUGGAGUGGGUGAUGUUGUUCUGAGCUUGUAGAUUUUUAGUUUAAAUCUGUGCCGUGAUUGCGAAGUGGCUUAGCUGUACAUGGGCUUCUAAUCACUUUAAUCAAAGAUAACACUCAGCAGCAACUAGGAGGCAUGAGAAACUCUGCAUUUCUCUAAUCCAGAACAGAAAUGAGUUUGCUUAUGGAUUUAGUAGUCAUAACAUGAGGCACCUCUUGAAAAUAAGUAAGUAAUUUUCACCACAUUUCGAGAUUAUCCAGUUGGAUCUUUCUGUGAAGGGAACGACAGUUCUGUAUUCCUCCCCUUUGACCAGUAGCCCCUGUGAGUAUGAGAUUAAGUCAGCAUGGCACUGCUAGCUUGUGCUGAAUAUGUUUCAGGCUUCCUUUCCUUGAAGCCUUUCUGUAUGGGAAAGGACCGUCUUGAACCUUUACAGACUUCAGCAUACAGAGGACAUCUGAAUUUAUUAUGCAGAGGUGAUUUUUUCCUUGCCUGAGGAGGGUAGAUGCAUGAGAAUUAGCCCAGAAACCUAUUUUAAUGCAAAUUCCCUCACUUUCUGGUAGAAUACUGAUGUUAAAGAUUUCUUCUAUUGGUAUUAGAGCAUUCUUGGGAUUAGAAGAGUUACUUUUUUAUCUACCUUGAUAAACAGCAUAUGGAGUUCUAUGGCCUAUCUGAAAAAUGACUUUCAAAAACUGUCCAAGCUUGAGGUUGUAGAAUUUCUAUCCAAACUACAGAUCUGAGAAUUUCCUGCACAGGAUGACAAGUUUUAGCCUAUAGCCAUUAGUUUGCACAUACACAGGAUGUAGCAUGCAUUUUUUACCCUGGGAACACCAGUGAGAUGUAUAAGAAUCAUAAAUGGAUCAAAGUUCAUGUUUCACCACUGAAAGAGGAAUGACACUUUGCAGCUAAUAAAUCCAUAGUUCUGAUGUCAUUACUUGGUUCCCUAGAGUGAAAUUUUUGCAAAUAGCCAUUAGUGGAUUUAGAUUUCAGUUUGACUUCUCUGGCACAUCUUCAUUGUUCAGUAGGUCAAAGUACCAGCUUUUCUGGCCAAGCUCUUCUUCUCUUCUCACCUCCCACAGUCCUAUGUGAAGAGUACAAAUGUAGAGGUUUAGACCAAAAGCUUGUAGUUCAUUCACUUGUCUCUUACAGUUGCCAGUAAGAAAUGUCUGGGUUAAUUCUGCACCUCAUCUUGAUCAAUGAAAACAUUUUCAUAGCAAAUGAUGAGUAAAUGCUAGUUCUACUAGCAAAUUGGAGAAACAGUCAAAAGCAGUUUGUAUCACCAUCCUCAUCCUUUCAGAGACUGUUUGUUGUAUAAGGAAAUUUAAAAUCAGAGAGAUCAGUGUGAAAACUGAAAAUUGGUAUCAGUAUCACCAUGAAUACAUUGAUAGUGUUUGCAAAUAAGUCAUCUAGCCCCAAAUUAGAGUAGACCGACUGUAUAAAAAUAUACAGUCUUUGUUUUUAAUAAGCUUAUGUAAAGGUAGCAUAUCUAGAACUACAGCACAGAUGCUAAGUAUUGUGUUGUGUUAUGAUGAGGGAAGUUAAUGAAAGUAAGUGUGGGCUCUCUGGGGACAUUUUUCUAUGUCAGUGUGAGGAAAGUGUAAAACAAAUUCUCAGCACUUUCUAAAUUAGUAGUUGCAUCUGCUGCCUUUCAUAUUAGGUUGCAAGGUUAUUUCAUUGGACACCUUUACAAAGUUAAAUGAAACUUAUUAUAAAGAUUGAUGUUGUCAUGUCAAUUAGGUGGUAUUCAGACUCAACAUUUCUUCAACAACACUUAUUUUAGUGAUAGGGAAAAGGUUCUCAUUUUCCUGGCAUUGUCUUCAUAAAUAAGGUUCUCAGAAUUUUAUACCUUGAGAUGAUGAGGUGGAGAGGUUAGAGGUGCUGAAAUGGUUGCAGAAAUCCGAUACUCUAGUUGGAAUUUUCUUUCAGCAUUUUCCUUCCUAUAAAACAGAUGAUCUUUUGUUCCUCUGGGCAAGAAUUUACAUGCUUAUGUUUCUUCACACAGCUGCCAGUAGCCACAUCUUCUAUCUUGAGCUUCUGUGCGGAACAAAUCCACCCUCUCUGAAGAGAGAGGGAGGAGAUCUAUUUCUUACUGCCUGUACAAGGCAAAGGGGAGGUAAUGUGAGGACCUCCCUAGCUGGGUUCAUUCUCCUCUUUGUAGUCCGUUUCUUGUACAAAAAUCACAAGGCCAAAGUAAAGAGAGUCAUUUCCCCACAACACAUUUUACAGAUCUUGUGUCAGAUUUUUCCGUCUACUUGAAGCUCCCCAUCACGCAGGCUUUUCUGUGAUGCAGUGCAUAAGGUCAUGAACUCAGAGCAAAAGGAAAUAGUGAUGCAGUGCUAGGGUGGUGGAUAAAUUUUGUUCUGCAUCCCUCUGGUAAAAUUUGCCAUUCAAAGACAAAAGCCUCUGCAUGGGAGAAUUGCUGCUGAGCCAGGACUCUCAAAAUGUGGUUUUCUUGCAGGAUCCCAAAGGAUAUUUCAUUUUUAAUUCCAGAGAGCCAAUAGUCAUUAACUGUGAUUGUGGUUUUAGCUUCUCUGUUCAUUCCCACAUACAGUUUCAGAUCCGAGUCUGUUUUGAAGCCUGGAAACAUGCCUCUGCAAACAGAAAACCAAAGCUCUUAAAACCUUGGAAAUCUUGUAUGGGAAUUGCCUGUUUUGAAGAAAUCCUAGUGAUUGAGUCAGUAACAGUCCAUGGCAGUUCAUGUGUGUGCACAUGCCAUUUCACACUGCUAUCUCCUCCUGUGCUUACAGUGUUCCCUACCAAGCCCGACAGCAGGAUCAGGCAUAUUGGACAUCCCUCUUCCAUUUUUUCCUGUAUAAAGCAAGUAGUACAAAACCACUACAUGCUGCAUGCAUUUAAGAGUAUCAGCACUGCACUAAAACAUAAACUCUGAUAACCAAUUUCACAUUGUAUAUUACUUGCUCUGAAUAGAUCCUUCUCUCAGGCUAUUUAAAAAUGAAUGAAAAAAAAUAGCACUCAAAACUGCUGUGUUGGAUUGCAAAUGAAUUUGAAACCUGCAUUGGUUGUUGGGGCAAGUUGAAUUGCUGGACAGCUUUCUGAUUCUUCAGCUGCCACAAGCUGUCACGCGUGUGUGCUUCAUGCAGACCGUCCUGUCAAGGAGUCUGUGAUCCAGCAGCAGCACUGUCAAUUUAGGACAUAUUCUGAGUUUUCCUCUUCAAGUCUCAGGCCACUACCUCACCUCUGCUGAGUGCUCAGAGCUCACUGAGGAGAGCUAGUUCCCCGUCCUAAUGCAGUCUUAGAUCUUCUGGCUUCAUUUCUGAAUUCUGGUGAUCUUUUGCAAAAUUGUGCAUGUGUAGUAUUGGAAAUAGCAAUGUGCUUAAAUUAGCAACAAAACAAGAAGCUUAAAAAAGCUUGUCAAACUCAGAGACAGUUGGUUCCUUUCCCUCAAGGUAAUGCAUUAUUCAUCAUGCUGUACAGGAUUGAGGGUGCCAGUGACAGGAGAGGCUGUGGAUGAAUUGAAGAUGCUGCGUGCUCAGUAGACUCAACAAGUAGGAGUUGAUUGGCUUCUGCUACUGUUAAUAAUUCCAUCAUCUUGCAUGGUAUGUCCUGCUCUUGGUCAGGGUUCUGCUCUCCAAAACACUCCACUUUCCUUCCCUUACCACAUGUGACAUAGAUAAUUCCUAUUGUUGUUCUUAUUAGCAUAUAUUGUUGACACAGCUGCUUGUAUCUAAAGAAUAACUGGGAUUAAAGGGCUGAUCUUACUCUUCUUGCAGCAAAGACAAAACUGCUACAGUGACACAGCAGGCCCUCACAUCCUUAUAGAGGGAAAAAACCUCAGUGCAAGUUACCACUGAUGUAUUUGGGUGAAGUCAGUGCAUUAACAGCCCAUGGCAUGUUUUUAGCUUCCACAAGCACCAAAUUUAUCUGUGCAGAUAGGAUUUACUCCUUAACAAUGUUAUUAAUUUGCAAUGCAUGAGCAGGCUUACAACAAAAAUCUGUGAAGUGUUUAACCUCAUAUACAUGAUUGAUCUUUUGUGGCUUGGCUGUUAAUCAUGCAUGAAA